AUGCUUGCAUUUUGCCUUUUGCAGCUGUUGACGUGGAUUCCAGGAGGGAAUGUGGGACAAGUUCGCAAUUACUACGUGGACUGGCGAAUGCUGCGGGAUGUGAAAAGGAGGAAAAUGGCCUUUGAGUACGCAGAUGAGAGGCGACGACUCAAUGCGAUACGGAAAAAUACCAUCUUGCCUAAGGAACUGCAGGAAGUUGCUGACCAGGAGAUUGCUAGCCUACCAAGAGACAGUUGCCCGGUUCGGAUCCGCAAUCGCUGUGUCCUCACCUCUCGGCCGCGGGGCGUCAAGCGCAGGUGGCGCCUCAGCAGGAUCGUUUUCCGCCAUCUCGCUGACCACAACCAGAUGUCUGGUAUCCAGCGUGCCAUGUGGUAGCGCCACAGCUUUCUUUUUUUUUUUUUUUGACACUUCCGGCAUGAGCAACCCCAGCUGUGGGACUAGAGUAAAGAGCCUUGGACAACGAGUAUCACAUCACAGAGGUUCCCUUCUCAAAUUGGGUGUUCUGUUUGGGGAUGGGUUGUACAUUACUACCAUGUUACUACAGCAGCUACAUGUCAGAAAUCCUUCAUUGGCAAUGGAGUACUUUGAGCCAUUGUCAGGUGGUAAAAGGGACUGAAUAAAUGCAUGAGAGUCCUGUUGGAAUGAGGGAGAAACUUGCCCUUCUGCCUAAUCUCCCUUUCCUUGAGACUGUCACCAGGGUCUGACUACAUACUCCUACCAAAAUUACCCAAGUGGUUACUCUGAGAUGGCUUGGCUAGUGAGCUCUGACAAAGGGAGCUAUCAUCAGGUGAGGUGAUGGGCCAAAUAGCAUCCUAUGUGAAGCAGCAAUGCAAAGUUUUAUCGAGUAUAUCGCACUUAUGCCCGUACCCUGAUGCUUCAUUCGAGCUGUAAGCAACCACUUGUAAUUAAAGUUGAGAAGUACAAGUAGUACCCCGCCACCUAGGAUUUCUGACAUUUUCUCAUUUCAUCCCCAGUAUUGUGCCCCUCUAUUUGUAGUUGAAUGUUUGCUGUGAGUUUCUUUCAAGUUUUAAUAUACCCUAUUUCUGGAGAAGACUGCUGUUUAAAGCAGCAGCAGGAGUCUGUUUGCAAGAAUUGUACAAGUAUCAAUACUUGUGAUGAGUGGCUGUAACAAAUUCAAAUGAUUGAAGGACAAUUUGCAGUCUGCUGUACAACAUCCAACAUUAAAAUCCUCACAAUAAUAAUUUAAAGGGACAUCAUUUUAAGGACAUUAAAUUUGGUGGUUUUGGAAAAGACAAGUUUGUAUUUUUAACCAUAACAUUAUGUGCAUUUGAUACAAUACAGCAAAGUUUGUUUUAAGCGGUACCUUAUAAACCGGUAUGUUUGAUAAACUGGCAAAAGUGAUAUACCUCAAAUACCACAAUCUACUAUGAUGUCUAUGAAUUUAUGCUGUAAAUAAAGUAUAACAGUGAUGUGUA